UCUUGCAAAGUAUCAAGAUUCAAUUCGUCUAGUUCUAAUUUUAUCUUUUAUAAGCAUAGAUGUACAUGGCGAUCAAACCACGAUCCCCUUUACACACAAUUCGGAAGACAAAAGCAGAAUGCGACAGGCCCGGGAUGUCAAGGAUAAAAAUUAUAAACUCCUUUUGGUAAACAGACUGCAACAAAUUGUCACAGGCUACAGUACUAGCUUAGAUGAAGUAUAUCACGAAGAAUCCAAUAUGGCGGAUGCAAAGGACGAAGUUUGUACUUGGGGUAAUAGAAAGUUCUGUGAUAUUCCUAAGGCUUAUAUAAACUCAACUACAAAUGUACAAAGCCAGGACGAAUGUGGAAAAUUAUGUGACUACAUAGAAAGAAACUGCUUGGGCAGAGAAUUUGAAUUUACAACACCAUUUGGGAAACGUAAAGUUGUGUACUCUGAUUAUGUGGCAUCUAGCAAGUCUUUAAAGUUUCUUGAAGAUUAUAUCACAAACAAUGUUUUGAAUUGUUAUGGUAAUACCCACACAACAACAACUGUUACAUCCCUGCAGACAACUUUAUAUCGUCAUGAAGCCAGAACAAUCAUUCGUAAUGCAGUGAAUGCCAGUGAACAUGAUGCUGUAAUAUUUGCUGGAUCGGGUACAACCGCAGCUGUUCAUAAAUUUAUUCACGCUCUGAAGAUAAAGACAGCGCCUAUCGUGUUUGUUGGCCCAUUUGAACAUCAUUCUAACAUUUUACCCUGGAAAGAAAUUGGAAGUGAGAUCGUCUGGAUACGUGAAGCAAGAGAUGGGAAUGUUGAUGUUGACCAUCUUGAAGAAAUGUUGAAGUUGCACUCAAAGGAUGAUAAACAGUUAAUUGGCUGUUUCUCUGCUGCUUCUAAUAUCACUGGUAUUCUUACAGAUACAAAUAAAGUAUCUGCUUGUUUGCAUCGUUAUGGUGCACUGGCUGUUUGGGAUUACGCAACUGCAGGACCGUACACCGAAAUAAACAUGAAUCCAGUUGUGACCAGCGAGGAUUCAAGUCUUGUGUACAAAGAUGCAGUAUUUCUUUCACCACAUAAAUUUGUUGGCGGAGUAGGUACACCAGGCAUACUUAUAGCAAAGAAAAACCUGUUUCAGAAUACUGUUCCCUCAAAUUGUGGCGGUGGAUCUGUGUUCUUCGUAACGCACAAUUCUCAUCGCUAUUUAAAAGAAAUUGAAAUGCGCGAAGAAGGGGGAACGCCAGCUAUUGUAGAAUCUAUCCGUGCAGGAUUAGUUUUUCAGUUAAAAGAGGCUGUUCGUCAUGAAUAUAUCAUGAAAAUAGAAAACGACUUUCUAAAGCUUGCAAAUGAUGUGUUCUCGAGAUGCAAUAAAUUGAUAAUACUUGGGAAUUAUGAUACCCCUCGACUUCCUGUUUUUUCGUUUUUAAUCAAACAUGAAGAAAGUGGUUUGUUUCUACACCACAACUUUGUGUCAUCUUUGUUAAAUGAUCUUUUUGGAAUUCAGUCACGUGGAGGAUGUGCUUGUGCUGGACCGUAUGCUCAGGAUCUGCUUGGUAUUGAUGAGAAAUUAGCGAAUGAAAUUGAAUCGGCAUUAUUGGAAGACAGUCGCUUGGACAGAGUUCAUUUACGCAGAUACGGAGAAUACUCUGAGAGGGAAUUAGUCAGGCCAGGUUUCACCAGAAUUAAUCUUCCUUAUUUUAUGAAAAAAGAAGAAGCUUUAUUUAUCUUGGAGAGUAUUGUUUUAGUCGCAGAACAUGGUUGGAAACUCUUGCCUAAGUACACGUUCAACCCCGAAACUGGCGAAUGGCGCCAUCGUCAACAUCAGAUCUUCAAAGAUCGUAAAUGGCUUGGCUCAAUUUCAUAUUCAUCAGGAGAAAUGAAAUACCCCGAGAACGUUACUACUAUUACAGAAAAUGAAAACUAUGCACCAAACUACCAGGAAUGUUUGACUACUGCAAUGGAAAUUUUUAAGAAAGCCGCGGUUGUUAAGGGGCAGAAUACACCGAACGAUCAAUCGUUGUUAUUAGGGGAUGCUGAAAGGUUACGAUGGUUCUUGCUACCCAGUGAGGCUUACGCAUUUCUUCGGGAAGAAACACGUCAUGGCUAUCCAAAGAUACCCCCAUUUUCACCACGACGUCGCUGUUAUCACGGGGAAAUGGGAGCCUCAAACAACAUAUCAAAACAUAUUGAUGAAGUAUUGGAAAAUACGGAAUGCGAACGUGAAAAUUGUUCAGAUUGUAAGAAUGUGGUUGACAUAUAUAAAGGGAAACACGACAAAGAGAGAGUUAAGUCGGAGGAAAGCAAUUUAACGCCAGAAAAUAGCGCGUGCAAUUCAUUGGUGAAUAAUCGUGAAAUAUUGGAAAGUCGUCAUGAUGAUAAGGAUGUGAGCGACUCAGCUGAAAAUGAGAAGACUGAACAUUGCUUUCAUAAUUUACAAGUGAAGUUUUAUAAUCCUCCACGUCACGUGUUCAACCUCACAGUUAAGGCAAUUGAGGAAUUUAACAUGAUCGAAGAUGGUGACCGUCUACUUGUCUGCGUUUCAGGCGGGAAAGAUUCUCUUUCGAUGUUGCAUACUCUUCAUCAAUAUCAGUUUUAUGCCAAAACUAAGGGGGUAAAUUUCCAUAUAGGAGCGGCGACGGUUGACCCAGGUUCAGCAGCUUACGAUCCUAGUCCACUGAAGAGUUACAUGAAAGAACUUGGAAUAGAAUAUUUUUAUGAAGUUCAAGGAAUUAUUAAACAAGCUUCGGAGCUGGCCGUGUGUGAAUCAAUUUGUAGCUUCUGUUCCCGAAUGAAGAGGGGUCGUCUGUACGCAUGCGCACGACGUCACGGGUAUAAUGUACUUGCUAUUGGUCAACAUCUGGAUGAUAUCGCUGAAAGCUUCUUAAUGUCUGUGUUUCAUAAUGGACUGCUGAGAACAAUGAAGGCAAACUAUUUUGUAAGUGAGAAUGAUCUGAGAGUUAUUCGUCCUAUGACAUACGUAAGAGAGAAAGAUUUACGUGACUUUGCAGAAAAGUUUAAGCUGCCAGUAAUCACUGAAAACUGCCCGGCUUGUUUUGAAGCGCCGAAGGAACGCCAUCGAGUUAAACAAUUACUAGCAAAUCAAGAAAUUCUAUUCCCAAACUUAUUUAAAAGUAUUCAGUCUGCAAUGAAGCCUUUAUUAGCAAGAAAAAGAACUCGACUGGAAAGCAAAGAAUCCUCUGUAGAUGAACUAUCUUUUCUAUGUAGAUGAUCAAAAUUUUCAGCUAUUAUGACGCCAGUUAGGCCUUCGGUGCAUGUGAACACAGCUGCAACCAUUUUGUUUUUUAUGAAAAUAUGAAAACCAUAUGAUCUUGUUCGUCUAGGAAUGUCACUCAAAUGAGUAAAAGUCUAUAUUUUAACAAUGCAUAAAACGUAUUCAAAACCAUGAUUGCGAUGUUUAAUUGAAUAAAGGGAAAAAUGCAAUUAUAUUCCAGUUUAAAUCGACAUAAGCGUUUGGUAAGCUUGCGGGUAGGGUCUGCGUUUACGCCAGAUACAUGUGUACGCUAAGCGUAACCGCAACAAAAUAUUUGCGAACACAAACGAAUCCAGAUACGUGUGGACGGCGUCUAACAACAGGUCUAUCAUACAGUAGGUGAAUUGAAGAAAACAGUCCGAGAUUCUUUAUCGCACCGUAUAUACUUUGUGAAACUGGCAAAACUGGGAAAGCAUGCAGUGGGAGUUUUUUAGUUAAGAUUUAGAAAAAUCAUAAAUUCCAUCUUAUUGAUCACACCUUGACUCA